CAUGAUCGCAACAAGUGACAUGAGGUCUCUUCUGGCAAUUUGGAUAAUUCUUCUACUAAAUAAGACCACUAUUGCCCAGAAUGGCUUUAUGUUUCCAACCUCUGUCUGUGACGGCAAAGAUGGCCGAUUGUUUCCAAUGUUUGGAUCGUGCCAGUCGUACUAUAUUUGCAAUAAUGGCAUGGCCAUAGUUGGAACAUGCGAUGAGAAAAGUCGAUUCAACCCAACCACAUUGCAUUGCGAUGACGCCAAUAAAGUGCAGUGUGCCUAUGACGAGGCAAAUAAUAGCUAUGAUGAUAACGAUGAGGACGAAGAUGAUGAUGACAUAUCUGAAUCAACUAGCGUUGAGGUAAAAGAAACUACGACCACCAGACGUCCACCACCUAAACAAACGAAGCCCAUAACCACGCCAGUUCCAUUUAUAAAACCAAACAAGGACUUUGAGCAAACGACAGAUCGAUUAUGUUUGGGUAAAAAGAACGGCGUAAGCCUGAUCAAAGAAGGAUCGUGCAGCGAGUACUAUGUGUGCAAGGCGAAACGUCCUCAUUUGCGCCAUUGUCCAGCCGAUCAACACUUCAGUUCGUCGCGCCAAAUCUGCAUGAAUGCUGAAGAUGCCAAGUGCGCCUUUAAUCAGCAAAUUGUCCAUCAUGAUACUCCGGCAAUCACAGCAGGUCUGUGCUCUGAGUCCAGGCAGGAUUCUCUGGUACCUCAUCGCGAGGAUUGUGGCAAGUUUUUGCUAUGUAGCAACAUGAUGUUCCUAGUAAUGGAUUGUCCCAUGGGAUUGCACUUUAAUGCCGAAGCUAAACGAUGCGAUUAUCCAAAGGUCGCACAGUGCGCAACGCAGAAAGUGCAAAGUAAAACAAAGAAAAGUGCAAAAAAAAGUUUAAGCAAGCGAAAGCAGAAGAGAAAUACGUUGUAACUAAAUAUGUUAACUACUAUAUAUCCAUAAUAUAAAUUGUAAGCGCAUUUAAAUAUUUUAGAU